UUGAGUCGCGCAGCUGCACUUCAGUCCGCCCUCACCAAGGAGAGGAGAGAAAUGAGGGAACAGCAGCAAAGAACAAUGCUUGACUCAAUCCCCAAGGAUCUGAAUCGUCCAUGGGAAGACCCUAUGCCUGAAACUGGUGAAAGGCAUCUUGCUCAAGAGCUUAGAGGUGUUGGGUUGUCAGCUUAUGACAUGCCUGAGUGGAAGAAGGAUGCCUUUGGAAAAACUCCUACUUUUGGACAGAGAUCUAAGCUUUCUAUUCAGGAACAAAGGGAGAGCCUUCCGAUAUACAAGUUGAAAAAAGAACUUAUACAGGCUGUGCAUGAUAAUCAAGUUUUGGUUGUCAUUGGUGAGACUGGGUCUGGAAAGACAACACAGGUAACUCAGUAUCUUGCCGAAUCAGGUUACACAACAAGGGGAAAGAUCGGGUGUACUCAGCCUCGUAGGGUUGCUGCGAUGUCUGUUGCCAAGAGAGUAGCUGAGGAGUUUGGUUGUCGUUUAGGAGAGGAGGUAGGGUAUGCGAUUCGGUUUGAGGAUUGUACUGGACCAGAUACAGUGAUCAAGUACAUGACUGAUGGUAUGCUUCUUAGGGAGAUUCUUAUAGAUGAAAACCUCUCUCAAUACUCUGUAAUCAUGCUUGAUGAAGCUCACGAGCGGACAAUCCACACUGAUGUGCUUUUUGGUCUUCUAAAGAAGCUGAUGAAACGUCGACUUGAUCUUCGUCUGAUUGUCACGUCUGCCACAUUGGAUGCAGAGAAGUUCUCUGGGUAUUUCUUCAACUGCAACAUCUUUACCAUUCCUGGAAGAACCUUUCCUGUUGAGAUACUGUAUACCAAACAGCCAGAAACAGAUUACUUGGAUGCAGCUCUGAUUACAGUCCUUCAGAUUCACUUGACCGAACCUGAGGGCGACAUUCUCGUCUUCUUGACUGGACAGGAAGAAAUCGAUUCUGCAUGCCAAUCUCUAUAUGAGAGAAUGAAAGGUCUAGGUAAAAAUGUUCCUGAACUCAUCAUACUUCCAGUUUACAGUGCCCUUCCUAGUGAAAUGCAAUCUAGAAUAUUUGAUCCUCCACCUCCUGGUAAACGGAAAGUGGUCGUAGCUACAAAUAUUGCAGAAGCUUNAGGUAGAGAUAGGAAUCGUGAUGAUAGAAGGGAUCGACAUAGGGAUGAUAGAGAGAGGAACCGUGGAGAUGAUGAAGGUGAAUAUGAUAGAAGAAGUGAUAGGAGGCAUAGAGAUAGAGGUCGUGGCGAUGAGGAAGGGGAAGAUAAGCGUAGAGAUAGGCGUGGUAUACAAAGGGAGGGUUACUAG